CACGGGGAAGCCAGCGGCCCAGUGCGACAUCAGACUCGCAUCAGCUCAACUUAGGUAAUUGUUUACCUAAAAACUGCUGAAACGGACAUAUUACAUCGAGAAGGCAGCGGCCCAGACCAACAUCAGACUGGCGUCAGCUCAACCUAGGUCAUUGUAUACCGAGAACUGCUGAAACGGACAUAUUACAUCGGGAAGCUUCGCAACAUAAAGCUGUUGUCAACCCAAGUUUGGUCAUUCUUUGCCAUACACUGCUGAAACGCAUUGUCGGCAUAGAUUAUACCGGAAAGAGAGUGCAUUAUAAGACAAAUCUGUGCGAUCUACGAUAUUAUUUUACCAUCUGUGUGUGGUAUGGAAGCUUUUACUAACGUUGGUUAUCUCGCCGUAUGGAUGAUACUACUUUUAAGUAUAUCAAGAGAGAAUGAAGGAUCGCAGUAUAAUAGAAAUCGCGGCUCACAGAGUACACCUAGGGGAUACAAAAUUGUGGAGAGAAAUGGAAAACAUUUCGUUGUAUUCACCAAUCAAGGAAAUCAGAAAAAUCAGCAACUACGGGGAAGUCAGAGAAAUCAGCAACAACGGAGUACACCAAGGGGAUACAAAAUUGUGGAGAGAAAUGGAAAACAUUUCGUUGUAUUCACCAAUCAAGGAAGUCAGAGAAAUGAGCAACAACGGAGUACACCAAGGGGAUACAAAAUUGUGGAGAGAAAUGGAAAACAUUUCGUUGUAUUCACCAAUCAAGGAAAUCAGAGAAAUCAGCAACUACGGGUAAAUCGGGCGAGAUUCAAUGACCCAAAUUGGGGAUAUCAACAAUAUAUGGGUAGCAGCCGAAUCCGUGCAGCCCACCGAAUUGAUGAUGUUUGGAGGAAUGGAUAUACCGGAAAAAAUAUAACCGUAGCGGUUGUUGACGAUGGAAUUAAGUAUACGCACAAGGAAUUCGAAGGUCGCUAUCUCCCACGAUUAAGCUACGAUUAUGUUGACCAGGAUUCAGACCCUACGCCAUCCGACAGUCAUGGUACAAAGUGUGCUGGUGUAAUUGCUGGUGCUGCAAACAAUCGAAUAUGUGGUGUUGGUGUGGCAUACGAAGCUAAUGUUGCAGGUAUUCGAUUAAUAGACAGAGGUUUGCCUAAUGACCGUAAUACAGCAAAGGCAUUCUACCCAUUUGAUGGCCAUAAAAUUGAUAUAUUCUCCAACAGCUGGGGUCCACCCGAUAGUGGUUUGGUUAUCGCCGGUCCUGGACCACUGUCUUUGGCGGCAUUGAGAAAGGGUGCAAAUGAGGGACGAGGAGGCCUUGGUUCAAUUUAUGUUUUUUCUGCUGGAAAUGGUGGGUUUUUUGGCGACAGUUGCGCAUUUAAUGGAUUUGUUAAUAACAUCUACACCAUCGCUGUUGGCGCUGUGGAUCGAUAUGGAAAACCUUUAUCCAGUUCUGAGGCAUGCGGUUCUGUUAUGACUUCUGCUUAUGGUGUUAAUUUGGAAACGGCUUCAAGUUACAAUGAUUAUUCUUGUGACUCAAGAUUUGGUGCAACAUCAGGCGCCACUGCUUUGGUAUCAGGCGUUAUUGCUCUAACAUUGGAAGCAAAAAAAACUUUAACAUGGCGUCAAGUACAGCACUUAAUAGUAGCAUCCAGUAUGAGUGAUGUUAUCGACAAAAGUGUAAAAUGGACCGUAAACAAAGCAGGAUUUCGAGUGAGUGACAAGGUUGGAUUUGGAUUUCUUAAUGCUUCGCAGAUGGUAGAAAAUGCUAGAAAAUUCAGUGCAUUACCACGACAGAUUAAAUGCGAAGUUGAACUUCAAAUUGGUGCAAGUGGAUAUAAGAGAUUGCUGGGAAGGAGAGACAAUUCAUUUGAUAUUGAAGUUGGUAGAGAUCAAUGUCGCGGUGGAGUGAUCAAUUAUUUGGAACAUGUCGAGGCAAGAUUUGAUCUUCAGUAUUUCAGACGUGGUGUGAUUGGCGCUUACAUUACUUCACCAGGGGGAACCGAGUCCCAAGUAAUAUUUCCUCGUUCACUUGACGCCUAUGCUGGUCAAAGGCGCUACAAUAAUUUGAAAACAGUUAGUGUGCACUUCUGGGGUGAAUCAUCAGAAGGAACAUGGACUGUAACUUUUAGGAAUGAUCUUCGAAGGUUCCCGGAAUUAGAAGGAGGCUGGCUGUUUGGUUUUACUCUAAUUCUACAUGGCACAGCACGAAGGCCGUCGUUUCCUGAAAUACCGAGGGGAAAUUUGCACGAGAAAAGAAAACCCAGAGUGUUCAAUUCCUGCAAAGAAAUAAAGGAGAGUCAGAGUUCUUCUACAAGUGGUCUUUACCAAAUCAGUGUUGGGCAAAAUCAAAAGACGGGCGUGUACUGCCAGAUGUCGUCUAUCCCAGGUUGUUCUGGUGGUGGGUGGACGAUGGUGAUGAAAAUUGAUGGAAGGAAGGAAACGUUCCGAUACAGCUCCAGUUAUUGGACGAACAAGAACGCUUACAAUGAUAAUGACCGUGGGAAAAAAGGAGGUUUUGACAACACAGAAUUCAAGGGACAAACAUUUUGGAAAACUUCAUUCAACGAAAUUUGUGUUGUCAUGAAAUAUGGUCGUCAACUCAGAGGUUUAUCUUUUACACAUCGAGCAUCGUCCUUGUAUAAUCUGUUUGCAGACGGCAGGUAUCAACAAACCCACAUCGGCCGUUCAAAUUGGAGGCACCUCAUCUACCGCUCAUCCUUACAACGUCACUGCAACAGAGAGGGAUUUAACGUGUACUCGAACUAUAAGAAUGUACGCGUUCGGUUGGGCCUGAUAGCAAACCAGCAAAGGCACUGUGGCUCCCCUGACUCCUUUAUAGGUCUGGGAGGUGGGGGUAUUCAACAACAUUGUAGUACCCGUAUUGCUACUCUUAACACCGCAGGAAAUUAUGCAAUUUGUCAACCAGACAACGGAGAAAAGAACGCCAAAGCAAUGGGAUACCUAUUGAUUCGUUAAAACACAUCAUUAAAAAAGACAACUGAUUUACGCUAAUUAACCAUAAUAACAAGGAAUUAUCUCAAGGGCGUAAACAUUUGUUUUAUAGACAUAGACAUCGCGUUUAUAACAUAUUAAAAAAUAAUAGUGAUAGUCAAACUGGUAGUUUUUAAUCGCUAUAAUAGAGUUGAUCAUGAUGG